AGAGUGCGGUGGACUGUGGACUCUUGUGAAAGCUGAAGGGAUGUGUGCUGUGUUUCAGUGUCUGACCCGCAGCACAUCUCCACAUACUUCGAGCAGAAGGUUCCCAUCCCUGAAGAUGACGUACCAAAGCUGUUCAGCUUUCGUAAGCUGUGGGCCUUCACUGGGCCAGGUUUCCUGAUGAGCAUUGCCUAUCUGGACCCGGGGAACAUCGAGUCGGAUCUUCAGUCUGGGGCUAUAGCUGGUUUCAAGCUGCUGUGGGUUCUGCUGGGGGCCACCAUCAUCGGGCUCCUGCUGCAGCGUCUGGCCGCUCGUCUUGGUGUGGUGACCGGGAUGCAUCUGGCCGAGGUCUGCAACCGUCAUUACCCCACGGUGCCGCGGAUCAUCCUGUGGCUGAUGGUGGAGCUGGCCAUCAUCGGCUCUGACAUGCAGGAGGUCAUCGGCUGUGCCAUCGCCUUUAACCUGCUGUCAGUGGGCAGGAUUCCUCUGUGGGCCGGAGUGCUGAUAACCAUCUUCGACACAUUCGUCUUCCUGUUUCUGGACAAGUACGGUCUGAGGAAGCUGGAGGCGUUCUUCGGGCUCCUCAUCACCAUCAUGGCCCUCAGCUUUGGUUACGAGUAUGUGCGUGUGGCUCCUGACCAGGCCGAGGUGAUGAAGGGCAUGUUUGUGCCGUACUGCAGCGGCUGUGGAGCUGCGCAGCUGGAGCAGGCCGUCGGGAUCGUGGGAGCCGUCAUCAUGCCUCACAACAUCUACCUGCACUCUGCUCUCGUGAAGUCACGAGACAUAAACCGAGGAAACAAGAAGGAGGUGAAGGAAGCCAACAAGUACUACUUCAUCGAGUCCUCCAUCGCUCUCUUCAUCUCGUUCCUCAUCAAUGUGUUUGUGGUGGCCGUCUUUGCAGAGGCCUUUUAUGGCAAGACCAACAUGGAAGUGGGUCAGAAGUGUAAUGAAACAGGAAGUCCUCACAGUGAUCUUUUCCCAGCCAACAACCAAACACUGGAGGUGGACAUCUACAAAGGGGGGGUGGUUCUGGGCUGUUUUUUUGGCCCGGCUGCACUGUAUAUUUGGGCCGUUGGGAUCCUCGCCGCUGGACAGAGUUCAACCAUGACAGGAACCUACUCGGGUCAGUUUGUGAUGGAGGGCUUCCUGAACCUGCGCUGGUCACGCUUCGCUCGUGUGCUGCUGACGCGCUCCAUAGCCAUCCUCCCCACGCUCCUGGUGGCCGUCUUUGAGGACGUGCAGCAUCUCACCGGCAUGAACGACUUCCUGAACGUGCUGCAGAGCAUGCAGCUGCCGUUUGCUCUGAUCCCCAUCCUGACCUUCACCAGCCUGACCUCACUGAUGAACGACUUCGCCAACGGACUCGUGUGGAAGAUCGGCGGGGGUCUGCUCAUCCUGCUGGUGUGUGCCAUCAACAUCUACUUCGUGGUGGUGUAUGUGACGGCCCUGGACAGCACCGUCAUCUACGUCUGCUCCGCCCUGCUCUCCAUCAUCUAUCUCAGCUUCAUCCUCUACCUGGUGUGGCACUGUCUGAUCGCUCUCGGCGUCUCCUGUCUGGACUGCAGACGGUCGGUUCAGUAUCCGCCUGCUGUUCUUGUGGAUGAAGAACCAGAGCUUGAUUCCUGAGCCAAACAUCUGAUCGUGUCCAUUUGUUCUUCUACUGUGACAAACAGCACAAUCCAAAUAUUUGACUUUAUCUUUGCCUCCUUCCAUCAGUUCCUGAUCCUUGGCUCUUGCUUUGCCAUGUUUUAAAGACGUUUAUGACUCACUAACUUACUAAUGACUGUAGCAAGAACGAAUGUGCUGGUCAACUGCUCUCCAGAUGAUCUGGAGUUAUUUAAAGGUUCACAGACAUUUGUUUUUAUGAGUAUAAUUUGCGUGUUUUAAUAGCUGAAUGAUAAGAA